AUGUCUGUAGUUGAUAAACGCCCUCUUGAUACACUGGACUGUAGAUCAGAGCCUGGAGGAGGAGUAACAGGAAGUAGAGGUAGAGGUGCUAGAAAUGGAGGAGGAAACAUUGUCACCAGUGGUGCUGGUAAUAAUAAUAAUAAUAAUAAUAAUGGUGGUGGUCAUGGACAAUUUCGUGCUUAUCACAACCGACGGAACUCUAUUGCCAUCCCUGACCGAAUGUAUCUUCUCUAUCGCCGCUUCCAACCACCUGGCUCAGAAGAAGAAUAUCACACGUCCGGAAACCUAUCGACUACAAAACUAGUCAUAUCCCGCGUCUUGGAUGCCAUGAUAUUCACCUCUGCCAUGGCAAUCACGGCCUACAACUACUGCACCGGAACCCUCGAUGCACCCCCCGCCGCUGUCCAAAUUACGCCACCUCCCCAGAAUAACACACACAUCAACCCUAAGAAAAAGCCUAGUCUUGAGAUACAGACCCCAGCAGAUACCGAGGACGAUGUAAAAAGAAGACGAACACAGCAAUGGGCCGAGACAGUCUCUGAACACAGCACUCGUACAAAACUAGAAAAAGCAGUACAACACAGAAAAAGCCAACAACUUCCCCAGCGUCUGGAUAUCAACCAGAAAACAAAGCGAGACAAGCGAAGAACAAAGUCCAUGCCAUCAAACACGCUCAGUGGAACCCAGUUGCGGUUGUUGACUGAGCAAGAAACAGAUGAAACGAUGGCCAGACUAGAAGAGACUGUCCAAUCACUCAUCCAACAAGGCCAAGAAGCCCUCGGUAGCACCGUCAAGUUGUACGAGAUGGACGAUAACGAAAGAAACAUGCGAAAGGCAUUUGCCAAACAACAGAGCAUCUAA